UGCCAAUGUGGACGUACAGCGUGCUGAGGUCACAGGUUGGAGGUGGAGUUACCGCCUAAGGAAAUCAGUUACUGAUGUAAACAAAAGUAGUUAGACGCACUGAAACUAGCCAACGUUAGCUACCAACGUUAACGUGUGCUAACCUUGUUAGAAACGUUAACCCUAACUUAGCCUUGCUAUAACGUUAAUCCAGACUAAACUAAUGUAACGUCAGUUAUUUAAUUUCAAGUCACGCUGACGUCAUUUCUGAUCAGCUUGGUUAGGGUUAACGUUAGCUAACGCUGGUAACGUUAAUUCUGCCACAGAGGUUGCUAGGUUAGUAAACUUAGCGGGUAGCUCACUUGAGGCAAGUUCAAAGUAUCCACAAAGCCAAUAAGUUAUUAAAAAGACUUGAUAAACCCUGAGAGCAUCUCUUCCAGCCAGAUGGAGGCUUCUCUGGGAUGUCUGCAGAAUCCUGAUUUAAGCUCUGUCCUGUCAUCAUGUGAGCCAGAGCUUCAGGAGCUGAUGAGACAGAUUGACAUUAUGAUCAAUCAUCAGAAGCAGCAGUGGGAGGCUGAGAUUCAGACCAUGAAGCUCAAACUGAAAAGUGGAGAAGAGGAGCUGUUGACUUCCAGGAAUCUCAUUGAACGGAGGGACCUGGAGAUCGGAUUGCUUCGCAAGCAGCUGGAAGAAGCCCAGCCUGGUCGACAAGAGUUAGUUACCAAGUACGAGCAACAACUGCAGAAAGUCCGUGAAGAGUUAGAUAAAUUAAAGAGAAGUUACCACAAACUUCAGCGCAAACAGCUCAAGGAGACCAGUGGAGUAGCAAAUACUAAAGACACGGACCAUUCAGAGGUGACCCGACUAAAUGAAAAGAUUGAGGAAUAUCACCAGCGCUCUGUAGAGUGGGAGCAGCAGCGCAUCCAGUACCAAAAACAACUGACGGCCCUGGAGGCCCAGAAAGAGAGCCUAACUGAUGAGCUCGCACACAUAAAAGCCCAGUGGGCAUCAUUGCAAAAGGAGAGGGAGCACAGGGAGUGUUGCUUAGAGGUGCAGCGUCUGUGUACUCAGCUGGAGAAGGCUCAGGGCAGCCUGCACUCACAGGAGCUAGAACUGGAACGCCUCCGACCCCUCGAGAUGUGCCUGGGACAGUACCAGAGAGAGCAGCAGGUCCUUUCUGAGGAAAGGGAGGAGCUCCACACCACGAUAGAGUCUCGGGAUACAUUUGUGCGAAGAGCCAGUCUUGAGUGGCAGAGGCUCCGCAAUGAAGCUGCCAGACUCAACCAAGUACUACAAGCUAAAGAUCAAGUCAUUCGCUCUCUGGAGGACUGUCUGGCGGCUCAGGGCUGUGCUGGCGUGGAAACCCUCAGACAAGAUCUGGAGAAGACUGCAACCAAGCUCCACUGCGCCCAAGCAUGUGAGGUUCAUCUCAAGGCUGAACUGGCAUGUCUCAAAGAGAGACUGGAGAGAGUGAGCCUACAGAGAGCUGACCAAUCUAAGGUGGAGGAACUGAGGAGCAUUAAAGCGGAAUAUAAUUCCUCUGUUGCUGAAAUAAAAAAGGUCAGGAAGUGUCUCUGGCUGGUUAUGUUGUGGGAGUUUUUGAGCUAUAUGCUGUAUUUGUGUGAAGUAGUGCCCUGUAAACCUUUAUAUUCUCACUCCUCCGGGUUCAUUCUACAGCUCAGAGAAGAGCUCCAAAGGGCCAAGCAGACUCACAGUGGUGAGGUGGAAGGAAUGAGGAAGGAGGUGUCAAAGCUGACCACUGAGCUGCACCAACGUGACAUCGCCGUCGCCACACUGAACGGCUCUUCGUCCAGCAUCAAGCAGCAGCUUCGUGAUGAGGUGGGGCGAGCAGAACAGAAGGCAGCUGAGCUGAAAAUGACCCAGGCACAGGUCGAGACUCUACAAAGUGAGAACCAGCACCUGAGGGGUCUGCAGCAGAGGCUGGAGUCUCAGUCACCUAAGGGGGGUGAUUACUCGCUUGCAUCCCUGAGGGAGAGUUAUGUGUCAUCUCUGAGCCGCCUGGAACAAGAGAAUCGGCAGCUAAGGCAGGCACUUGCUGAGAUGCGCUCCCGACUUGAGGUCUCCAACCUGACCUGUCAAGACAAAUAUGAACAAGCUCUGCUCAGCCACGCAAUGACUGACCAACCACAGCCUGCUCAGGACAGCAAUGAAGAUGCCAGACAUCGCAAACACAGGCAGGAGGUGCAGGCGACGAAAGCUAAGCUGCAGGGGAACGCCACUCGCUAUGAAGGGAAGAUCCAUAGGCUCUUUAAACAGCUGCACACCCUGUCCCAGUCCCCCGGAGAGCACCCCUGCAGUCAGGCCCGAGACAGCAGGCCUCAUUCAUCAGCAUCCUCCUCCUCUGGUAGCAUAAGACUCACCAGGAUUAACUCUGUGCAAACCAUAAGUUCAAAUGAAUCCACUGCUGAGGGACAAAGCUCCAGCUCCGAAGACUCUCUGACCUUAUUGUCCAGAGAAAACAUCAUAUCCUCUCCCUCUCUACUGGAGCCUUCGCCAGUGUCACCUGCAGACAGCAUGGUCUCUCGUUUCCUGGAGGAAGAACGCUUACGGUCCACGGAGCUGCUCCAGAGACUGGACACCCACAUCCAGGGUAUGAGCGAGGACAAUGUCAAGACCGUGUCCAAAUACCUGCCAAGUGGCUCAGCGCUCGAGCCUGCCCAGACUUCAGUACAGAAGGGUCAGUGACAGAGUAAGGUGGAAUAAAUGUGGAAAAAGGUGCCUUAAACAGCAGUGCCGAAGACUACGUUCUUGUACUUUAUUAGACUGUUUUUAUUGGAGAGUGACAUUUGUGUGUGGGGUGUGCUUCACGUGACUGAAUUUAAGUAACAUAUAUUUAAAUUUUUACACAGUUUGCAAAUUUAAGUUCAGCGCAGAGCUUUGAGUUUCAUAAGAACUGUCAAAAGAAGUGAUUUGUAAUUUAUAAAUUCCAUCCCCACUGUGAAGGACAAGUUGUAUGAGGUUACACGUAUGACAGCAGCUCAGAUUGUCACCUGUGAUUCUUCUGAUUCUGUUCAUUAUGUGUUUAUUUUAUCUGUGCAGAAGCUCAAAGAAGUGUUCCAGCAUUUAUGUUUCUGCUAGAGGAACGCUUUUGUCCCAUCACGUUGGGCUUUUCUCAAAGAGCGAGUGCUGACAAAGGCUGACUGAUUAAAGGCUUUGCAUCACCUCGCGUCUUGUGAUAAAAGCUGCAUUUGAACACAGCCCAAAGACUUUAGCUGACUGUUCAUGUUCUAAGGCAAACAAACUACUCUACCAUUUUACACCACUAUUAGUCUGUUUAAAACGGGCUCCAGAAUAUGUUCAUACAUGUGUCCGAGAAAAAGUUACUACUCGCACUGUAAGGAUUUGCUUUACUUUGCACUAGAAUUGUUAGCCUUACGGCUGCACCUUACGAUUUUUGUCAGAAAUCAGUAAAACAAAAUGCCUUCUACAAUGUCACAGAUAAUCUAAAACCCGGUUUACUAUAAUUUAAGACAAGAAAAAGCGGCAAAUCCUCACAGUUGUGUGAACUGGGUCUCACCGACUACAACACGCUUAGCUGUCUGAGCGUGUGAGACACACCACCUUAACUUUGAGUCAUGGUGUUUGGCAUCUGAAACGGUCAAAGCCCUAACAUGUAUUUACUGCUACGAGUUCAUCCAAAUUGUUUGCAAAUUGUUUCAGAAAGUCAUCGCUAUAUCCGACGUAAUGCAAAGAGAUGCCCAGUAUAUUUUAUGCUGUGUGCUUUUAAUUGAUUAAAAUGGCCAUAGGAAAUUGUUGGCUUUCUGUGUGACCUCACAUAACUGGCUUUCGGUUGCUGAAUUGCACCUGUGUUACUUGUUGUAAUUCUGACAUUAAGUGGAGACCUUUUGUGCUUCUCCUCGGAGGAUGCUGCACAGUCCAAUUUUUCAAGUUGCCUGGAAUGCAGCAAUGAUCCGAGCUUUGCAUUUACAUCCUGAGAAAAGAAUGUUGCUGUGAGCCAAAGGAGCGUCCAUCCUCCCUGAACGUCUGUCAUAACUGGGGAAAUACUACAUAUGUACAUGUCUGUCCAGACAUCCUUGACAGUAGGGAGAGGGAGGAGGCAGUGUGCACUGUAGCUCUUCUCUUUCCCCCCCAGUUACAAGUACCAGCCCCCCACCACCACCACCCACCCUGCAGAGGCCCUCUGGCUUGUCAAAUGCAGGAAUGUGUGCACCAUGCCAAUGCUGUCAUGAACCUUCCCAUGCGGCCUACUUUGUCUUCAUCAUUAGAAAACUGAUGGAAUGUUAAUAUCAACCAUGUGGGGCACUCAACCUCAACAACACUGAAGGGCCAGGAGGGAAUAGUUAUAUUUUACAGCUUUCCUAAUGAAGGACACACUGUGUGAUGGAAAUAAAGUGGAAAAAUUUCAA